GACUGCAAGUAUGGCUGCUGUUAAUUUGAGGGGCGUGAAAUGGAAAAACUAAUAGAGAGAACGUUACCGCGAAAUGAAACGUCUUAUUUCGCCAGUGCACUAUGAAUCACAAUUUGGCCGUGCCUUGCUUUUAUAAGGAAAUCAAACUAUCCGUGACAUUCCUAUUAUGAAAUGCUGUUUCCCUAAAUGUUUUGGUUUCUUUGUGUAAUACUGUCGCGUAAAAAAAUGGUUUGAAACAUCUAGAUUUUAUAAAUGCAGCUUUUUAGAAAUAGUUUCAUAGUUAGAGUUUGGCGAGAGUGAUAGUCCCCGAAUUCUGCGAUAAAGGGGCGCGUUAAAACAAUGUUUUCGAGGGGACGAAAGCAGGGAAACGAUACGAUUGACGUUGCAAAUAAGAGCUGUUUUAUAUACUUCGACACGUUAGCAUGCGUUCGUACAUGCCUUUUAGUGAUAUUUGCCAUACUUACUUUGCUGUUGAUACUCCUGAAACUUAUAAAGUACCAUGUACUCAGACAUCCUCAAAUUCACCACUUUGCAAUAUUCUAUAUAUCAGCAGGAGAAAUCGUAUUAUGUGCUGCUGCAGCUGCUGCCAACCUUCUUGUCCCACAACUGGAAUUUGCCGCCUACUUUUUACGGUUGCUGCAGCUAGCUGCAGUCUGUCAUCUCCACUGGUCACUGUAUGCAAGGACUCCUGUGCUUGUGCAGAAUGUUGUCAAUCCAGUCCUUUGCCUAUAUAUUCUUUACUGCACUACAGUUGCACUCAUGGGUAUGGUUGACAUAUCUGACACAUGGACACAAUGCAUGCGACCUUACUAUGUAAUGUUGUCAUCUGCGGACUUACUAAUGGUGCAACUAUUUGUUGGUGUAGCACUGUAUGUUACCAGACGUGCUGAUGGAAUAUCUUCUCUUGCCUCAUUCAAGGGCACACAAAAGCGAGAUUUAUGGAGUAUAAUUGUUGUGUAUGAAUUUUCUGCUCUGCUUACUGUUACCCAUGAUGCUGUUAUGCGAUUUGUUGGUACCGAAGCUGAAGGCUGCAGUGCAUUGUUUGCUCACAGACAGAUAUUCUAUUCAAUGGUUGCAUCACUUUUAAUGCUUGUAAAGUUCCUGGUUCCUACAUGGACUUUAUUGUGUGUGUUUCAACCUGUGGAAGGAGAUACUCAUAACUCAGAGGUUGCCCUUGCAAGCCGUUAUAACACAGCGGACGGUACAUCAGAGCCUGGAUUUCAUCAGUAUCAGAGAAUGACAUCGCCUCUGAGCCCACAUCUGCUACCAUUUGUAUCAGACUUUACAUCAUUAGGGAAUGGUGAACAACCACACACGGUAGUGGCUUCCCUUGGUCACAAGAAACUACCUCCAAAGGAUCGCAAGGCAUUGUCUACCAUAAGUGAGGAGUCGUAUCCUGCAUCUGCCCUUGAUAGCCCAUGUAGUCAGCGUGAUACUCUCAGCUGAAUUUGAGUAUAGCCAUUGUUGCAAAAGCUGAGAUGAUCUGAAAACCAAUUGUUCAGCUCUUCCUUGAGGAGACAUCUGGUCAAGUUUAAUUAUUUUUGGAAUAAGAGGAGCAGCAGCUGUAAGGAAAAACCCAAGCAUCAGCUGCAUUGCUGGGAGGCAUGGAAGUAAUGUGUGUUAUCACCAAAACAAACAGAAUUCUUCAUUUACAUACACAUGACGUUGUGUUAGUGCUUUAUGCUGACAGCAACAAUAGACCAGCAGUCUACCAACAAUCAGAGAAAGGAAUUGUACAAAUCUUUCCUUGUGCAUUGAGAUAAAUUUGGUGUGAUCACAACCUGGUUCACUGAAUUAUUGUGAAGGAGCAAUGACAUGACUUAUGCAGAGAACUUAUUUUGAUACACUAUACUGUAAUAAUAUGCUGUUUGUUAUUAUCAUGCUGUGAUUUAUCAUAUGCAAAAAUUGUGAUAGUCAUUCUCAUAUAUUCAGGAUUUAAGUAAAUGCAAACAGUGAGGAGGUUGCCUGUAUGGAUUGAAACUGUAGUUCAUUUGCCUUUAAUCUUUCUGCAUAUUUUCUUUAACCAUUUAUUUUGAUACUUUUUGUAGGUUUGUGUGUCUUCCCUGUGUUCACCAGUGUACUCAAAACUUUAUUUUUGCAUUUCAUUCUUUUUUAUUAAAUUCUGUUUUUUAUUAGUGGGACCACAGUCGUGAAUUUAUUGAAUUACUUCAACAUUUUUCCUCUUAUGCUGCAUAUUUAGUAAGAUCUCUUCUUAGUUACACAACUAGUUUGGGUUUAAAGAGUCAUUUUAGAGUAAGCUGACAUACUCACGAAAAUAGCAAACUCAUUGUGUGUUAAACUAUAAAAAACAGUGUAAUUUGUAAAACAUUACAAAUGAUAACACAUUAUAUGAGUUCACUGCUUUGGGUAAGCCUAAAAAAUAACAUUUUAAUUAGAAACAACUUCUGUAACUAAGAAUAGGUCUUAAUAAAUGUGUAUCCAAUGUGCAGAAACAACAUCUUCAUUGUAUAACUCUAAAUACAUAUGAAUGUUUUGUACUGACAAUUCCCAGCAUAAAUCACAUUGAUGUCUGUUUUCGUUGAAAUUCAACUAUCCAGCCAUAUUAAUUGCUACUAACAUGAAAAUUGCUGCCAUUAAUCCUUGUUCAGUUAAUAUAUUACUUCUUUGUGCAAGUUGUCCCCCUCUGUGGAUUCAUUGGUCCUUUUCAUAAUGUGUUUUCCCUCCUCAAUGUUUAAACAUCAUUUUAGAUGUAUAUCUCCACGAGAGGUCUAAUGGAUGUCUCAGCAUUAUUUACCUUUCUUUUUCAUCCCAACUUCAUUUUUUGUAAUGCUUCACAUUUCUUUGAUGUUUCUCAGUUCUGUUUCAUCAACUUCCCUUUGCCUUUUUCUUAGUGGUACAAUAAGUGUUCACAUUGUAACCUUUAUUGCUGCCACCUGUAUGAAUUUAACAUUGGGAAGCAUCUUAUGUCCAAUCCAGCUUCUGCUUGUAGCUUGUUUUUACAUGAUGCACAGGUCUUGGUGUACAACUCAAAGCUUGAACCACUAUCAUAAAUUUGACUGCUUUGGUUCUUUUGCUAGUUCUUCUUGCUGUGUUCACGUUUAUCCUGCAAAAAGAAAUUUUAAUUAUUUAACUCUGUUAACUUGCCCUCCUCAUAAUUUUCCAUCAUGCAGUGUUUAAGCAGUUAAACUGUGAAAUUUCCAUUUAAUGAGGUGCUGUUUUGUAGCAGCAGAUUGCCAACAAAACACUGUUGAUACAAUAGCUUACAAGUUACACAGGAGACAUAUUUUUGGUGCAUUUGAGCAGUGCUGGUUAGUGUUGCUCCCAGUAGCCCAGCCUUCCUAUUCUUCUUCUCCCUCAUUAUUUUCUCAUUGCUGUUGCUCUUUGUGUUGCUUGGCCUAUACAUUCCACCUGUAUUUUCUACAUUUAAAGGAUAAUCAUAGUUUUUUUUCAUUGCUUGCUGUUUCUGUUCUACUAUUUUGUCUCGUGAGGCUAAAAUUUCUUGUCCGUAAGCUCUUGUUAAGUGUGUUUAUAUAUGUCUAUGACUCUCCUGAUAACUGAUCUAUCAAAUAUAAACUUUUGAUUUGUGAUUUACAUAUUAGUUAGAUAUGUAUCAGGUCUUCUUCAUAUUUCAACUUAAGGCUGUCUUGCUCUUUUAUCACUGGUACCCCCAUUUGACUAUUACUUCACUUCCUCCUCGUUUUCCUCCAUAUCCAUAUUUACAUCACUUAUUUUUGAAAACAUUUUUGCACUGUUUCGGAUAUUGACAUUUGUGUGGACAGAAAUCAAUCUCUCUCUUCUGUUGAGGAUUGCAUGGGAAAUACCAGAUCUCCUAGACCAGUGUUAAAGUUUUCACAGUGUUCAGUUUGCUGACUCGAAGUUUUCAGGCAGACAUAUCACAUGAAUACUUCAGACUAAAAAGCACAUUUUUACUCCUUUGAGACACAUUUUGUUAGAGUUGACAGUCAGCGUUGGGUUAACACAUUAAACAGGGAAGUUUGAGAUAUGUAGACAGAUUUUACAUCUUUACUAUUUCAGUAGAUUUUUGGUGUCAAGCAAUAGUACUGACAUUAUUAGUAAGUAUCUUCGCAAUUUUUAGUUCAUAAGUUUCAUCAGUUUUUACCUUUCGAUACUGAAAAGUUUAUUGACGCUUUCAUGUAGAAGAGCCCAGUUUUGUGAAUUCUUGCAUUUAAUACACACAUUUUUGAUGAAAGUGUUCAAAUAUUUAGAAUUAUUUGCAGUUUUUUACUCAUUGAUAACUUUUUCACAAAAGUUUACAACACAGUGUAUGCAAUCUCUUUCGUAAAAUACACAAAAUAUCUUUAUAUUACUCUUAACUCUCAUCACUAAGAUAGGUAACUACCAAGUUACCCUAAAAUGACUAGUAUUUUUGCAAAUUCUUUAUGGCUAUUUAUCUGUUUAUUUGUCUUUCAUAAAUGAAAUGUGACAGAUAUAUUCCCAUUUCGAGGUUAUAUGUUGACAUAAGUUUUUCCUGUGAUGUCCUUUAUUUCAUAAUUAUUGUAGGAUCCUUGUCUCUAAUCCACAUGUCUUAUUUUCUAAUAAUAAUAUUCUCAUUUCUUUAGUGGUGUGUGCAUUUAUGCACAUUCCAUGGGCAACUACUUAUAUUAAAACAUCUGAAAAAGAAUUCUAAAGUCUAAUGCCAGGUGCCAGAAAUUACAUAUACAUACCAGUUCCUAGUAGUUUCUCUUUGCUACAUUUUAGCUUUCAGGACAUAUGGUUGAUUUUUCUUUUGGUGCCUGUAAAAAUACUUUUGUUCAUGAAUUUGAGUGCUCUGCUACUGCAGUGUAAAUUGUCUUUCCUUUUUAGUAGUGUAACGUGGGACUUUAUGUUUCCAUAUAAUAUAUUUUGUCAUUUCUUUUUGUCAUUCUUAUGCAGAAGAUUUGACAUGUUAGGUAUGCAUCUAUAUAUUUCCAUUGCAGGCAGCUCUUUCCUGUUAUGUUUGAAUUUUUUAAAUAUUCAAAGCAUUGUGUUUAAUUUAUUCUCCCUUCUUAAAUCACAAUCAUGUGAUUGUGUUACACUUAGGUGUGUGUAUGUUAUAUACACUGAAAUAUCCACUACUGUGUGGUGAAAUUUGUGCAAUCACUUCAUGAAAUGAGAUCUGUUUUUAGUGCCAAAACAGAUUUUUCAAAUACGGUGGUUAAUGGAAGUUUAGGAAAAUGGACAAGUUUCACUAACCUUAUAGCAUCUGCCUGUGAAGUCACUUCUCUUCCCCACAACACAGCCAGGUUUUUGAGAACUUACAGUUUUGCAAGCAUACAGUCAAAUGGCAGGUGUGUUAAUCUCGACACAAAUUUAUUAAAAGAUCUUCAGAUAUAGCCUACAAUUUGUUUGUGGUCCAUAUAAAUUAUGAUAAAUUGUGAAACUGACUGCCAAUCUGUUACAACAGUCAUCAGUUAUCUACACCUGUUACACUUAAAAAGGAAAAUAUAAACUAAAUAAAAACAAAACUGAGAUUCAGUAGUCAAUGGGACACCAUUUUGAGACACCAAAGAUAUGGUAAAUUUUUAAAUAUUUAUAUAUUUGUGGAGUAAUUGUGUUGCGAAAUUUAAAAGUGAAUGUUAAACAAAUAAUGUAACAGACAGACAAAGUUUGGCUGUCUUGUUAUUGCGAUCAUGAAUUUGAAUAACUUCUUCACGAUGCUGUGUUUCAAUCAUUUUAAUCAGUGUGUUGUCCACAGUAGAAAAAAAGAAAGGGAAAAAUAUCACAUGCAUAUUUCUAGUCCAUUAGAAAAACUACUAUGCCCUGCUCCUUCCUGCCUUGAAGCUGCUUUUUUUCUCUCAAAACACACUGCGGGUAGUCUCAGUUGUCUAGUUUUUCUAAAUAUGAAGAUUUUAAAUACCAUUAGCAGUAGCAGGAAAUGAGGAGAGUGAGUUUUUAUGUCCGAAAUGUGGUAGAACUCUUCUUGAGCCUUUUAAUAUAUGCAUCUGAUAUUCUACAAAGUUUCAGUAGAUGUUCUAAAAUGUGAUAUUGUCUUUGACUUUAUUCCGAUGUAUGUCCAAGUAUAAUAUUGUAGAUCUUCUUUUGAUGUGUACAUAUUUGAAUUUUUAUACAAUAGAUCUUAGAGACUGAUAGUCUGCAAUUUAUUUAAUGCAGCAUCGGUUGUGUAAUCAGCUCAGUUGUUUAAAUAUUUUGUCUUCCAUGUUUUCUAUAGAAAUUUUGAAAGUACAUUGUCUUAAUUUUGAUUUUGUGUGUCGUAGGUAAGUAAUCAUCUGAAUUAUAUAUUACCAUCUCAGUCUUCCUUGGAAAUGAAUUGCAAAACCUUGUGAUUUUGAUAUCCAAUGUUCACAUGAUUCAAAAUAUGUAGGUGACUUAUUUUAAUCACAUAAUUAUUUUAAUCACAUAAUUAUUUUUGUUAUGAAUUUUCUUGAAGGUCUUGCUGCAGAAUUUCCAAACCCAUUUUUUUGUUAAUUACUGAUGAUUAAAUUUAUUUGUAGAAUUUCAGAAAUAAAUGUAUCGGAUGCUUCACUAAAUACCUUGGGAUUUAACUUUGAAGAUGAUAUUGUGAGAGUCAUGUGUUAAAAAAAAGACAGGUUUUAAAAAAUAGUGGUCACAGAUAUAUAAUUUACAUUGUAUACCUGAUGUGCAUUUUGUGUAGAAUACUUACUGGUGUAUUUGAUGUGUCUAUAGUACAAAUACUAUAUAUUAGGUUGUGACAGAUCUUAACGUGUAAAUGAGCUUGAUUUAUUGUAUUUUGAAACUAUAAUCAAUGCAUGUGAUAUAAAGCAAUAUGUUUCUUCUUUUUUUAAGAUUACAUGAAAUGCUCAUUCUCUGUUUUAAAAUGUGAUAAAGAAGACUAAUUUUUUGUAUCAAUGAUU